AAUAAACUGCUUUUUCAGUCCUUCAAUAAUUUAAUUUGAUGAAACUACUAAAUUUAUGGAUUUUGGAUUCUUAGCUGAUGAUCAACCCAAGGUUUCACUUUUAUAAUUUGGUCUGAUCUCAUCUGAUUUGAUUGGCAAUGAAUGGUCAAAUCAGUGAGCCAAGUAACAAGGAGCUAAGAGUCAAUGAUAAUUACUGAUUGGGAGUAGUUGUUUGCUGGUAGUUGUAACCAGAAGAACUAAUGGAUGGUGACACUUUACUUGGAAAAGACUGAAAUUUCUGCAGAUUCUGUGUUAUUGAUCCUUGAGCUCAAGUCAAGGAGGGAAGUUCUCAAGGAAGUCAGAGAGGGAUGAAGUAAGAAAAACCUGAGCUGCUUUUCAUUUUAGGGCAAGGAUUCGUUUUAAAUACUCUUAGAGGUUGGUGUUUUUCAUCAGCUUUUCAUUGCACAACACAUUGAGAAGUUGCAGAAAGUGAUAGAGUUCAGGUCUUCCAAUGGCAGCAUACGUUCCUCCUCACAAGAGGUACUCUAAGGAUGGUGAUGAUAACAAUAGGCCACUUCCAACUCAGUUCCAGAUGAACGUGGCUUCAUCUUCUACUUCGAAUGAUCAUGCUCGGAAGCGUGGAUUUGUCCUGAACAUGCCGAAUGCUGUUUUUAAGUGGUUCAUAGAAUCUGAUGAUGAUGACAUUUCAAUUCGGUUGGUGCUUGUUGAUGGAUUCACCUGCCUCAGGUCAACAUCCCUUGGAAACAGAGGUUUCGCAAAGAAUACUCCCUGGGUGUCUAUUACUGAAAGAAUAGGGUCAGAGCUACUAGCCUCUUUUGCGAAUGUGAGAAGUGCAAUGGAUUUGGGAGAGGCAGGAUCAGCGAUAAAGCCAACUUUUGUAGCUAGAGUUGGUCAAAUUCACUUGCUUGACCCUCCGGACAACAUAAUCAGCAGCUGCAGCAGCAGCAGCAAGUCGGAGGCUGAAACCGCUGCAGCUCACGUCAAAAAACACUUCUGUACUAACCUUCCUGAUUCAUAUAUGGAAGCCAUUCUUGGUGGAGUUGCUCCGAAGAUUGUAGCUGAUUUAUAUCAUUCGAAGGAGUAUUACCAAGUGCUUGUUUCUGACAAGCGAGAUCCAAAAUCAGGUAUCAUUAUCAAAUGCCAAAUAAUAUGCGGAGAGCUUAAAAUACAGAAGAUCGAGAAGAACCCAAAGAAAUGCUUUAUAGCCAAUGUUACGUGCCUGGACAGGGAUCUUGACCUGAGGUUGAGGCUAGCUAUCAAGAGGGACUUGACGGCGGCACUUAAGGAUGACUCUGAAGAGAUAAAAGGCUUAAAACAUUUUGUUGAUUCUGCAAUCUUGGAUGGAAGUGUAAAAGGUGGCUUGAGAUGGCCUUUGGGAAAGGAGCACUCAUCUGAGGGUAGAUACUCCAUUAUAAAGACGUGCCACAGUACUGUUAAAACUUUCAAGAAUUCAUCCAUCAAGUUAAGGCUUAAAAAUGAAGACUGGUUUAAUUUCUGCAUUUCCGAUGGAGAAGUUGAAAAUGAACUGGUUUUAGAUAUGAAAGGAAUAAACGAUACGUUAAUUGACAAGAUGCUUGGCAUGGAACCUGCCAUUGAAAGACUUCAAGAGACUUUGAAAUUGGUGUGGAAUCAUUUGCUGUGCUUUGAGCUAUGAUUGUGCCUGCUCCCCGUUAUAUGUGGCGCAAAAGCUUUUUAGCAGUAUGUAACUUUUCUGUUAGGACGAGGUUUGCGCUAGCAUGCACCAAACAGGAAGAAGUGAAGAACAGAAACCGAAUUGCAUGUAAGGGAUUGCUGAGCUUUGAGCUGUGAUUGUGAGCUUUUUAGCCAUUGCAGCCUUCUAUGGUUGCCAUUUUCUCUCUUUCUUUGUUUUUUCCGGAUUCUUUUUUCAUAGUUAACAGUAGUAUCCUUU